AUGACGUCAUAUGGUACAGAAAUGCCCUCCACAAACAAGGUGUCAUCCCUCAUCCGCAGAGCAACGCCCUGCCCUCAUGAACCUGAGCAGUACUGGUAUGUUCGAUAUAAAUUCUGUAAGGAAGUGCUGUCCGGCCUUUUACAGUCGGGCAUCAUUUUAACAAUAAGUGAAGAAGAGGCUCAAAGUAUUGUGAGUAAAGACGAGGAUUUCUCCUCCUAUCCAGGGCCUGUCAUGGAUGAAGAGACUCAGCACAGCCUUGAAUGCAUCCAGGCUAAUCAGAUUUUUCCCAGGAAGCAGCUGAUCCGAGAGGAUGAGAACCUUCAGGUCCCAUUCAUUGAACUUCAUGGUGAGAGUACGGAGUAUGUAGGACGAGCAGAGGAUGCCAUCAUUGCACUUUCUAAUUACAGGCUUCACAUCAAGUUCAAGGAGUCUGUUGUGAAUACUGGCUGUCAAAAUGAUGCUUGUGAAACCCCAGUUCCGUUGCAGCUUAUAGAAAGUGUGGAGUGCCGUGACAUAUUUCAACUUCAUUUGACUUGCAAAGACUGCAAGGUUAUAAGGUGUCAGUUUUCUACUUUUGAGCAGUGUCAAGACUGGCUUAAGCGACUGAACAAUGCCAUCCGCCCUCCUUCGAAGAUAGAAGACCUUUUCUCGUUUGCCUAUCACGCUUGGUGUAUGGAGGUAUAUGCUAGCGAAAAGGAACAGCACGGGGAUUUGUGUCGGCCAGGAGAACAUGUAACUUCAAGGUUUAAAAAUGAAGUGGAGCGGAUGGGGUUUGAUAUGAACAAUGCCUGGAGGAUUUCCAACAUCAAUGAGAAGUACAAGCUCUGUGGUAGUUACCCCCAGGAAAUCAUCGUUCCCGCCUGGAUCACGGAUAAAGAGCUAGAGAGCGUGGCAAGCUUUCGGUCCUGGAAGCGUAUCCCUGCUGUUGUGUACAGGCAUCAGAGCAACGGAGCAGUUAUUUCCCGCUGUGGACAGCCUGAGGUCAGUUGGUGGGGCUGGAGGAAUGCGGAUGAUGAACACCUUGUCCAGUCUGUAGCCAAAGCCUGUGCCUCAGAUUCGAGGUCCAACAGUAACAAAUUAAUGAAUGGAAAUUGUUCCAGAGAUUUCUCCAAUGGAGGGGACCUCUCUGAUGUGGAAUUUGAUUCCUCAAUCUCUAAUGCUUCAGGAGCAGAGAGUUUGGCGAUACAGCCUCAGAAGCUUUUGAUCUUGGACGCACGAUCUUACGCAGCAGCUGUGGCGAACAGAGCCAAAGGUGGAGGCUGUGAGUGCCCAGAAUAUUAUCCAAACUGUGAAGUGGUGUUCAUGGGGAUGGCAAACAUUCAUUCUAUCCGGAAGAGUUUUCAGUCGCUGCGUUUGCUCUGCACACAAAUGCCAGAUCCAGGAAAUUGGUUAUCAGCUCUGGAAAGUACCAAAUGGCUGCAGCACUUAUCUGUGCUUCUGAAAUCCGCGCUACUCGUAGUUCAUGCCGUGGACCGAGACCAGCGACCAGUCUUGGUGCACUGCUCAGACGGCUGGGACCGAACCCCCCAGAUCGUGGCGCUGGCCAAACUGCUGCUAGAUCCGUAUUACAGGACCACAGAGGGUUUCCAGGUGCUAGUGGAGACGGAGUGGCUGGAUUUUGGCCACAAGUUUGCAGAUCGCUGUGGCCAUGGUGAGAAUUCGGAUGACCUAAAUGAGCGCUGCCCAGUGUUUUUACAGUGGCUGGACUGCGUCCAUCAGCUCCAGAGGCAGUUCCCUUGCUCUUUCGAGUUUAACGAAGCAUUCCUUGUCAAAUUGGUGCAGCACACCUACUCUUGCCUCUUUGGUACAUUCCUGUGCAACAAUGCGAAAGAGAGAGGAGAAAAACACACUCAGGAACGGACCUGUUCUGUCUGGUCUUUGCUGCGGGCAGCAAACAAAGCCUUCAGAAACCUGCUCUACUCCUCCCAGUCAGAAUCUGUGCUGUAUCCAGUGUGCCACGUGCGUAAUUUAAUGCUCUGGAGUGCUGUUUACCUGCCGUGCUCUUCCCCCUCUACACCCGCUGAUGACACCUGUGCCCCAUACCCUGUUCCCGGCUCUAGCCCUGAAGAUCAGCCUCUGGGCAGGUUACCAAAGACGAGAUCAUUUGACAAUCUGACGACAGCCUGUGAUAGCAGCGUGCCUACAACCAAUCGACGUAGUAGCGACCCCAGCCUCAAUGAAAAGUGGCAAGAGCACCGUCGGUCCCUGGAGCUGAGCAGCCUCGGUAACCCUGGGGAUGAUCCGUUUGAUGGAGAUGGCCUGAGUAAACAAGGCAGGGCUCCAGUUGGAGCAGAACUCUCUGUUGCAGCUGGUGUGGCAGAGGGACAGAUGGAGAACAUUUUGCAAGAGGCCACCAAAGAUGAUGUUGGUCUGGAGGAGCACUUACGGGGUAGCCUAGAGACAGUAGGGAAAGGGGAUGAGAUUGCCCUGGACAAGGAGAAGAGAAGCGACAAUCUACAUGGGUAUGUCAGUGAUGUCGGUGAAAAGGCCAAGGCGGAUAAAGGUAUUGUAAUGAACAAUCCAGCAUCCAAUCCACAUCCCGUUUCACAAGGUGCUUCUGAGCUGAAAGGACAACAGGAUGAGCAUGCUGAUCUCAGUAACGCUAUCCAGAAGUUACCUCAGGUGAGAGGACUACAGGCUGUUCCUUUGGAGGGCUUUGUAAAUAGAGACACUCAAAAGAACAUGGAGGAAGAAAGCGUUAGCAAACUUGAGGGAGAAGCAGAGAGCCUGUACGAUACAGCGCAGGCCAGCCUUCCGUUACCUCUUACGAUCGCGCAUGAGGCAAGAACAUCCAACAUUGAAAGUUCUACGGAAACCUUAACAGAGAAUGAAGCAAAGCAAGAGCUUGUUCCUAAGGGUCCUUGCCAUAGACCUCACCUGAUCGACAACAGUGCUGACGAACUUUCUCGAACUAUUGAAAAUAGGCCAGAGGGGGAGAGCGUGCUAGAACUUCAAAAACUGGGAACAAAAGUACAUAGGACUUCUGGUAGCAGCAACACACACAUCCCGAUGCCUUCCCCUUGUGCCUUGCCUUUAGCUGAAUGUAAAGAUGAGGUGGUGUGUAAUGGAGAGCUGGAGCCUGAGAAUAAGAUGACAGAGAAGCCUGAGGGGUUUAGUAUCACCCAGAAAUACCACGCGACAAACGGACACUGUGUGAAUGGAGAGGACGGUCGGAUCAAAGCCUCUCUGAGUCGGCAGGUCUCCACAGCUAGCUGUAGUUCUGCACAGUUUCACUUGAGGAACUUGCACCAAAAAUGGAUGUUUAGUCAUCUUGGUAAGCAGCAGGCAGCCAGCAGCCCAGAGCAACCUGCCAGAAGUCACCUGGAUGACGAUGGGAUGCCUGUCUACACUGACGUUAUCCAGCAGCGCCUGCGCCAGAUAGAAACUGGCCAUCAGCAAGAAGUGGAGACCUUGAAGAAGCAAGUGCAAGAGUUGAAGAGCCGGUUGGAGAGCCAGUUCCUGAACAGCUCCUUACGUCUCAAUGGUGAUUAUGGAGACGAAGUGACUUCUAUACCCGACUCGGAAAGCAAUCUGGAUCAGAACUGCUUGUCUCGCUGCAGCACAGAGAUUUUCUCUGAAGCCAGCUGGGAACAGGUGGAUAAACAGGACACAGAGGUGACGCGAUGGCUUCCAGACCACCUCGCUGCGCACUGCUAUGGCUGUGACAGCACGUUCUGGCUUGCCAGCAGGAAGCACCACUGCAGGGACAUUGAACGUGUUGAUCAAAUCUGGAAUUGUGGAAAUGUGUUCUGCUCCAGUUGCUGUAACCAGAAGGUGCCCGUUCCCAGUCAGCAGCUCUUUGAACCCAGCAGAGUCUGCAAAUCGUGCUACAGCAGCUUGCACCCCAGCAGCUCCAGCCUUGACCUCGAACUGGAUAAACCCAUCACUGCCACGUCAAAUUAA